AUGUUCCCUCAAGUCAGGACGUGUCGCCGCAAGGGCGCCCUCUCCGCCCUCCUCGUCUUCUUCCUCGUCGCCCUCGCCGCCGCCCUCGACGAGGCGACGGCGAACACGACCCUCCAGGACCUGAGCCACCUCUACCUCGUCCCGGACGCGCCGUGCGCCGGCCACGAGGGCCAGUGGAACUGCCUCUCCGACAGGUUCCAGCACUGCGCGGACGGGCAGUGGAGCGCCGUCCUCUCGUGCUCGGGCGCCGGGAGCGCCAGCGCCGUAGACACCGGAUCCGACCCUGUCUCGUUGUGCAGCCCGCUGGGGAAGACGGACAUCGUCGACUUUGAGGGCGAGUGCAGCGCGGCCUGGGGCUGGGGAGGCAGCGGUGGCGGCGGCGGCGGGUGGGGUGGAGGGGGUGUAAGCUGUAACGGGAACGGCUGCUACCGCGGCACCGGGACGAGGUUGGGCGCCGGGCCGUGGGUGUAUGUCUCUAUCGUCGGGGCAGUGGUCGUGAGGCUCUGGUGA